AAAUCCGUCACAUCAAGCCUUUUCAGCGUGAACCAGCAAUGGGACCAAAGGCAUGGGCUGCUCUCAAGGGUGUACACGCUCCUGCAACAGCGGCGGUGGCUGUGGUUUUGGAGCGGCAAAUGGCGGCACUUCGAAUUGACGAAGGCGAACCGGUGGAGGAAGGAGUGCAGAAAUUCUUCGACUUGUUGACACGGCUCCAAGGAGCUGACCUGAACUACAGCCAAGAGGGCAGAGGAGCAAGGGGAGGAAGAGGCAGAGGUCGUGGAGGCCGUGGUGGUCGUGGAAGCGAAGCGGCAAGCAUGAAAGGUGGAGACUACGACAAGGACUCGACUGAAGAUCGAUACCCGGGCCAAUUCUUCUUUGUCUCCACGCAAGCGGCAGCUGCAGCAGGAGGGUUCAAGUGUGUGAAAGGACCAGCGGAGGAAAGUGUUGGUGAAGAGGAGAGGCGCCGUUUUCACUCCUUGGUGGGCAGCCUCAUGUAUGCGGCCGUUCACACAAGGCCGGAUGCAGCCUUUGCUAUCGGGCAGCUGGCUAGGGUUGUCCAAUGCCCUAAUGAGGAGCAGUUAGCAGCUGGAGAGAGGGUGGCCAAGUACCUUGGCCAAACAGCAACUGUUGGACUGCAAUACUCCGCGGCGGCACAAAGGCGUCGAAAGGGUGCGGAUGGAGUCGAACCCGGGAGGCUCUUUCUCACCGCCUUCUCUGAUGCAUCUUGGGCAUCAGAACCAGAGGACAUGACAAGUGUGGGAGGCUUCAUCUGCUAUGUUGGUGGAGGUCCAACAGCUUGGGAGAGCAAGAAACAAGUGGACCAAGCAUUGAGCUCGGUGGAGUCCGAGUAAAAGGCACUCUUCCGUGCCAUAAGAGAGGUUGUGUGGCAGCGGCGUUUGCUAGCUGAAUUG